AUGCGCAGUCAUCCCAGUUCACAAUACCCAGCGGCUGGACGCCCCCUUUUCAUCUCGCCGCCUUCCCAGCCUGCCCUAAUACUCCUUCCGUUGGAAGGGACGCUGACAAUAAAGGCUUGCACACUGGAAUGUGAAGGAAAACUGCCUUCUCUGAGGACCUGGGAAGCUUGCAAGGAGUUACUGCAGCUGUCCAAACUGGAGCUUUCCCAAGAUGACACCAACAUGGUCCGAGCGAAUGGCAAACAGGAGGAGAGUCAUUUGCUAGCCAAGAAAUAUGGGGGCUUCAUGAAAAGGUAUGGAGGUUUCAUGAAGAAAAUGGAUGAGCUUUAUCCUGUGGAACCUGAGGAAGAGGCAAAUGAAGGGGAAACCCUUGCCAAGCGAUAUGGGGGCUUCAUGAAGAAAGAUGCCGAGGACGACACACUGGCCAACUCCUCAAAUCUGCUGCGAGAACUGCUGGGAACAGGGGAUAGCCAAGAGGGUGGCUCCCAUCACGAUGCCAAUGAUAACAAUGAAGAAGUGAGCAAGAGAUACGGAGGGUUCAUGAGAGGCCUGAAAAGAAGCCCUCCACUGACAGAUGAAGUCAAAGAGCUGCAGAAGCGCUAUGGGGGCUUUAUGAGACGGGUGGGCCGUCCUGAGUGGUGGAUGGACUACCAGAAGCGGUACGGGGGCUUCCUAAAGCGUUUUGCAGAUUCUCUGCCUUCUGAUGAAGAAGGUGAGAGUUACUCAAAAGAAGUUCCUGAAGUGGAAAAAAGAUAUGGAGGGUUUAUGAAAUUUUAGUAUUCUUUCUCCUCCGUGGCCCCAGGCUCUAGCAAGCCUUCCUCUAUCCCUUUGAAAGGCUGCUUGGUUGGUUGUGUUUGAUUGUCUUGUCUUGCUUGCAGCAUAACUUGAUUGUCUGCCUAACUAGAUGACCGGUAGGCUGCCACUUCGGGGGUCUAUGUUAUUUUUAGAGAUGUUAAGAUCAGUAUUGGACUAUUGCAGCUUAUGCUUAUGUGAGUUUUGUUACCUUGUCCUUUGUUUUGACAAAAUAUCAAUAACUGCUACUUGUAUAUAGCUAUAAUAAACCCACUACCCCUACUGCA